AUGUUCCCAUGGAGCCUACUGAUUCUCUGGAUACCCGUGCUUUAUUUCUUUAUCACUACUUAUGCCCUGAAGCAAAAAAGAGCUAACUGCUUAUGGCCUGCUAUAAUACAUUCGAUUUUGAUUGUUCUGAUUUGGCUAUCUGGAACAAUCGUUAUGUUUUCUACAGCAUUAUUCAGCACACAAACAUUUUUGGAUACCUUUGGACAGGGCCAUCACCAACAGUUCAUUGUACGUUUUUUGAUUGUAUUAAUGAUCAAAGCAGUAAUUAUUCUGGCCGGCAUCUAUCUCAUUUAUCAAGUUUUCGUAUUCAAUCUAUGCCGCAAAUAUUUUGACCAUGUGCGCAACGCUGAUUUACCGCGAGCGCACCCUGAAGAAGCAACUGAACUGAAAGUGAUCCAGAAAUCAUAG